GAUUUAAAGGAAGAAAUCGACAUUCGGCUGUCGAGGGUGCAGGACAUCAGGUACGAGCCCCGGCUGCUGGCUGAGGACGACAGCAGGCUCCUGCAGCUGGAGGCACAAGGCUGCUACAACUACCUGUACAGGAUGAAGGCGCUGGAUGCGAUCAGAACAUCCGAAAUCCCGUUCCAUGCAGAGGGCCGGUACCCAAAGUCUUUAAUAGGGAAGAACUUCUGUGCCUACCUGCUGGAACUGCGCAAUUCCAGCGCUUCCUUCAAGGGCAUCCGCAAAGCCUUGAUCGACACGCUGCUGGAUGGGUACGAGAGCGCCCGCUACGGCACUGGGGUCUUUGGGAAACCGGAAUAUCUGCGGUACCAGGAGGCUUGCGCUGAACGAGCUGGCGAACAU